AUGCAAAUAGGUAGUUCACCUAAUGUUUCAAGUUCCCGAAAACGAAUAGUCUAUAAACCAAGUACCUGGCGGAUUCAUCAGUUUGAAAUAUGGAGUGGCGAUCUCCUUUGCAAGGCAGUGGCUUUACGUGUUCAGGGAGCUCUGCUUCUGUGGUUGGGAGGUGCAGGCGCGGCGCAGCUUAGUGAAAUAGCUUUAGGUAUGCCAGCCCCGAGUAAUGAUGGUAACCGCGAUGCACUUUCGACGACACUAAUAGGCGCUGAUGGCACAGCAGCUGCAAUGGCGCGCCGUCUUUCUGCAGCACUGGAAAGACCCGUCUAUGUGUGCAGUGGAGUUACUUUUGAUCGUUUCACGAUGCCACUUAUUGAACGGGGUCUAGUGGCAGAAAUUAAAAGCAGGCCGGAAUGCUUUUAG